AUUCGGAUCUGCGGGGAGAAAUUUCUUGGACCAGACAUUGAUGGACAACGAAGUAUAGUCAAAUCCUCAUUAUACGUGAACUCACACCGCCUCCCGUGUCUCUUAUCUGGGUCUUUCAACAGUCGUCAAAAUGGGCGUAGAAGCUAGGCGGACGAUCACGAAGACGAGGAGAAAGACGAGGGACCUCGAUCAAAUCAAAGCCGACCUUCUCUCCCCCAAGCACCUCCAACAAUAUAAGGAUACCAAAGCCACAGAAGACCUACCCGCACUCGGCCAGCAUUACUGCAUCGAAUGCGCUAAGUGGUUUGAAUCUGAGACGAACCUUGUACAGCAUACGCGAGGGAAACCUCACAAGCGCAAAGUCAAGGAACUGCGCGACGAUCCCUAUACGCAGAAAGAGGCCGAAGCUGCUGUCGGCCUCCGGACCGACAACAAAGGCCCCGCCAUGGCGCGAGUAGCGGCCGAGCGGCCCUUCGACCAGGAAAUGGAAAUGGCGACUUGACACUCCCUGGUCUUAUCGAGAUCCGCGAUCUGUGACACAGCGACAGGCCGUACGUCCAAAUUCAAGCCAGCAUUAAGACAUUCGCUUUCGUCGGGAUUGGUUCAUCAUCGUACACUUUCACCUGUGGUCGCAGUUUUUCCAUCGCGACCCCAAAGGAUGGUCCCAAGACGACACUAUGCGCAAGUCACGCCGAUGUCCUGCCGAAAACGCCUACUGCAGUCCAAGCUCGAGUUGCCUCUGUCUUCACCUCAGGCCUCGGCCCCUAGCCCUCGCAAGCCCACUAGAGCGGCCUCUUUGCGUCUCGGGUGCAACUUGGCGGCCGCCUCUAACACCACGAGUGGAGGAAGGGCCACGUGUAGAAGGUGCUGGGACCCGUGAAGGUCUUGAGUCUGGGCCCUUGUGUUUAGCAGCUGGCAUAGCUGUAGGGGCUGGAUUCUCAACAAAGGAUGUGUCGGUA